UGCCUUUUUCUGUUUUUCUUUUCUUCCUUUAUUUCUCUCUUUCUUCUUUCCUCAUCUUCCGAUAAUCAACUUGUGUGUUUUAUUUUGGCUCGCUGUAUCAGAACUAUCUGGUUCUUUUCUUAUUUCCCUCGCGACUGUGCCGACACAAAAACUCCGACUCGAUAAUUUCCUCAUCAGCACCGGCGCACAUCCAGUCGACUACAACCCAGAAAAAGUUCUGCCCGUCAUGGCGAACCUUUACUUCACCCACUCGAGCGCGCCGCUCAAGACGAUCGAGGAGAUUCAGUUCGGUCUGAUGUCUCCUGAGCAGAUCAAGAGCAUGAGCGUCGCCCACAUCAUCUACCCCGAGACCAUGGACGAGACGCGUACCAAGCCUCGGGACGGUGGUCUCAACGAUCCUCUUCUAGGCUCCAUCGAUCGUCAAUUCAAGUGCAAGACCUGCACCCAGGCGAUGGGCGAGUGCCCCGGCCACUUUGGCCACAUCGAGCUCGCAAAGCCCGUGUACCAUCCAGGAUUCAUCAAGAAGGUCAAGAAGGUUCUGGAGAUCGUCUGCCAUAACUGCAGCAAAGUGUUGGCUGAUAGAAGCGAUCCUGAAUUCCUUCAGGCCGUGAACACCAGAGACCCCAAGCUCCGCUUCAACCGGGUCUGGAACAUUUGUAAGAAGAAGUCGAGGUGCGAGAAUGAAGUCAAGGAAGAGAAGGAUGACGCCUUCAACGAUAUUCCCGAACUCAAGCGGCCCGCGCCCAUCAACCACGGUGGCUGUGGCAAUCUCGUUCCCGCUGUGCGGCACAAAGCCCUUUCCUUGACCGCCAAAAUCGAGUCGAGAAAAGAGGAUGGCGAACUGGAGAAGAAGGAGACUCCCAUCACGCCGGAGAUGGCCCACAACAUCCUGCGCCGCAUUUCGGACGACGAUCUCAGAGACAUGGGUCUUAACCUCGACUAUGCCCGCCCCGAGUGGAUGAUCGUCACCGUUCUCCCCGUCCCGCCACCCCCUGUCCGUCCGAGUAUCUCCAUGGACGGCACCGGCCAAGGCAUGAGAAAUGAAGAUGAUUUGACCUACAAGCUCGGCGAUAUCAUUCGCGCCAAUGGCAAUGUCAAGCAGGCCAUUCGCGAAGGGUCCCCCGCCCACAUCGCAAGGGAUUUCGAGCAACUGCUGCAGUACCACGUCGCCACCUACAUGGACAACGAUAUCGCUGGCCAGCCUCGUGCGCUGCAGAAGAGUGGCCGUCCAGUGAAGGCAAUCAGGGCACGCUUGAAGGGCAAGGAGGGCCGCCUGCGAGGCAACUUGAUGGGGAAACGUGUCGACUUUUCGGCCCGUACCGUCAUCACGGGUGAUGCGAACCUGUCUCUGGACGAAGUGGGCGUUCCCAAGUCGAUCGCUAGGACACUGACGUACCCGGAGACGGUUACUCCGUACAACAUCGGCAAGCUCCACGAGCUCGUCAUGAACGGGCCGAACGAGCACCCUGGUGCCAAGUACGUCAUUCGCACCGACGGCACCCGUAUUGAUCUCCGUCACCACCGUCGUGCUGGCCAGAUCUCGCUCGAGUAUGGCUGGAAGGUGGAGCGGCACCUGAUGACCGGCGAUUACAUUAUUUUCAACCGCCAGCCGUCGCUUCACAAGGAAUCCAUGAUGGGUCACCGUGUCCGCGUCAUGCCCUACUCGACCUUCCGUCUCAACCUGUCCGUCACGUCUCCAUACAACGCCGACUUUGACGGUGACGAGAUGAACCUGCACGUCCCGCAGAGCGAGGAGACGCGUGCCGAGAUCAAGGAACUCUGCAUGGUUCCCAUCAACAUCGUCUCGCCCCAGAGAAACGGCCCGCUCAUGGGUAUUGUGCAAGACACCCUCGCCGGUGCCUACAAGCUGUGCCGCCGUGACGUGUUCCUCGCGAAAGAGGAAGUCAUGAACAUCAUGCUCUGGGUUCCGAACUGGAACGGCAUCGUCCCUACGCCGGCCAUCCUGCGGCCUGUCCCACGAUGGACGGGCAAGCAAAUCAUAAGCAUGGUCAUCCCCACCAUUGUCAGUCUGCACAACAUGCCCGACUCGAAGGAGGACAACCCGCUUAAGGACGAAGGUCUCCUCAUCCAGUCCGGCCAGGUCCUGUAUGGCCUUCUUUCCAAGAAGAACAUCGGCGCCACCAGCGGUGGCCUGGUUCACAUCAUCUACAACGAGCAUGGCCCGGAGGCUGCGAUGAAGUUUCUCAACGGCGUGCAGCAAGUCGUCAACUACUGGCUACUUCACAAUGGCUUCAGCAUCGGCAUCGGAGACACCAUCCCCGAUACUGAUACCAUCGAGAAGGUACAGGCUCACAUUGACGAGCAAAAGGCGGAGGUCGCCCGACUCACCCACAUGGCCACCAACAACGAGCUGGAGCCCUCGCCCGGAAUGAACAUUCGAGAGACCUUCGAGAGCAAGGUUUCGAGAGCUCUGAAUACCGCCCGUGACAAGGCGGGUACGACGACGCAGAAGGGCCUGAAGGAUCUGAACAACGCCGUCACCAUGGCGUCUUCUGGGUCCAAGGGUUCUUCCAUCAACAUUUCCCAGAUGAGCGCCCUGGUCGGCCAGCAGAUUGUCGAGGGCAAGCGUAUCCCCUUCGGCUUCAAGUACCGCACCCUACCUCACUUCACCAAGGACGACUACUCUCCGGAAGCGCGUGGCUUCGUUGAGAACUCGUAUCUCCGUGGCCUCACACCGUCCGAGUUCUUCUUCCACGCCAUGGCGGGUAGAGAAGGUCUCAUUGACACGGCUGUCAAGACGGCCGAGACGGGUUACAUCCAGCGCCGUCUUGUCAAGGCCCUGGAAGAUGUGAGCGUGAAGUACGACGGCACCGUGCGGAACUCUCUGGGCGAUGUCAUUCAGUUCCUCUACGGCGAGGACGGUCUCGAUGCUAUGUGCAUCGAGAAGCAGCGCAUGGACUUCAUCACCGUGUCAACGAAGAAGUUCGACCAGCGCUACCGCCUCGACGUGAUGGAUCAUAACCGCCCCGGGGAGCUUGACUGGCUCGAGUACGGGAACGAGCUUGUUGGAGACAUUGAAGUGCAGCACCUCCUUGAUCAGGAAUACGAGGCGCUGCAGGCCGACCGCAAGCUCAUCCGUGAGAUCAAUGCUCGUAGGAAAGACGAGGAGAUGACGCAGUUGCCGCUCAAUAUCAUCCGGCUCAUCGAGACGGCGAAGCGGUUGUUCAAUGUCGAGGACUUCCAGCGCAGCGACUUGACGCCUCAGGACGUCGUCCCAGCCGUUCAGGCGAUGCUCGACAGGAUGACCAUCGUCCGAGGCAACGAUCCCUUCUCCCGCGCAGCCGAUUACGACGCGACCAUUCUGGCCAAGGCGCAUUUCCGGUCUCGGCUCGCUUUCAAGCGCAUUGCGUGCGGCCAGCGCCUGAACAAGCUGGCCUUCAACCACGUCCUCGGCGAGCUCGAGGGACGCUGGGCCAAGUCGUUUGUCAGCCCCGGAGAGAUGGUGGGCGUGUUGGCUGCCCAGUCCAUUGGCGAACCUGCCACGCAGAUGACCCUUAAUACUUUCCACUUUGCCGGUGUCUCUUCCAAGAACGUCACUCUGGGUGUCCCGCGUCUCAAGGAGAUUCUCAACUUGGCGCAGAACAUCAAGACCCCGUCCAUGGUCGUCUACCUAGAGGAGGGCAACGCGACGCAGGAGGCUGCCAAGAAGCUCCGCAGCACCGUCGAGCACACCACGCUGCGCUCGGUGACGGCGAUGACGGAGAUUUACUACGAUCCCGACUUGCGCAGCACCGUCAUCCCCGCCGAUCUCGACAUGGUGGAGUCGUACUGGGCCAUUCCCGACGACUCGCACGAUACCGUCGACAUCCAGAACCGCUGGCUGCUGCGCAUCACGCUCGACCGGCAGAAGCUGCUGGACAAGGAGUUGACGGUCGAAGACGUGGCUGCGCGUAUCAAGGCAGACUACCCGAAUGACUGCCACCUCAUUUUCAGCGACAACAACGCAGACGAGCAAGUCAUUCGCAUCCGCACGCUUAAGCAUGACAAGGACGCCGAGGAGGAUGGCAAGAUAGAAGAUGAUGUUCUCCUCAAGACGUUCGAGAACCACCUCCUGGACACCCUGACGCUUCGCGGUGUUCCGGGCAUCGAGAGGGCCUUCCUGAACAAGGAUACCAAGCUCAUCGAGACGCCGGACGGGGCUCUGCUGGCGGCCAAGGCCGACGAGCGCUGCCAGGAGUGGUACCUCGAUACCUCCGGCACUGCCCUUGCGUCGGUCCUGACGGUGGAGGGCGUGGACGCCAAGCGGACGUAUACCAAUCAUCUGUGGCAGAUUGUUGAGGUGUUCGGCAUCGAGGCUGCCCGGGCUGCGCUGGUCAGAGAGCUGACGCAGGUCCUGGCCUUCGACGGUAGCUAUGUCAACCAUCGGCAUUUGGCGCUUCUCGUCGAUGUCAUGACGAACCGGGGCACCAUUUCCGCCGUCACGCGUCACGGCAUCAAUCGCGCCGACACUGGUGCGCUGAUGCGCUGCUCGUUCGAGGAGACGGUCGAAAUCUUGCUGGAAGCUGCGGCUGUUGGCGAGCUCGACGACUGCCGCGGCAUCUCGGAGAACAUCAUGCUGGGCCAGAUGGCGCCCAUGGGCACGGGUCACUUUGACGUCCUGCUUGAUCCCAAGAUGCUCGAGACUGUCAUCAGCGACAACUCGCGCAUGGGUCUGAUGCCGGGCAUGCCGGUUAAGGGCGGCGAUGCCGGUGGUGCAGCGACUCCCUACGACACGGGCUCUCCCAUGGCGGAUUCGGGCUACCUCUCCCUCGGCUCGCCGUCGUCCAGCGGAGGCAACUUCUCCCCCAUUGUGGGCGCGGGUUCGGACGAGAACGUUGGCUUCGGGACCGAAUACGGCGGUGCGGGCUUUGGCGGCUUCGGCGCUGCUAGCCCGGGUCACCGUCCGACCAGCCCGUUCACGACGUCGCCCACGUCGCCGUUCAGCAGCUUCGCGGGAGGCUACUCGCCGUCGUCGCCCAACAUGGGGUACUCUCCCACGUCCCCUCUCAUCGAUGGGGCGGGCGGCCGCUACGCCACGUCUCCUCAGUUCAGCCCGUCGUCACCGUCGUUCUCCCCGACGUCGCCGAUCCACCGGCCUACGAGCCCUGCGAGCCCCAACUACAGCCCGACUUCGCCGAGCUACUCCCCGACGUCUCCGACGUCGCCCAGGCACUACUCGCCCACGUCGCCGGCGCAGUUCAACUCGCCGACGUCGCCGAGCUACUCUCCGGCCAGUCCGAGCUACAGCCCGACGUCUCCCAAUCUCCAUGGUGCUGGGCCUACCUCGCCGUCGUACUCGCCCGCAUCGCCGUCGUGGUCUCCCACGUCUCCCGAGCACUCGUACUCCCCGACGAGUCCCAGUUUCCAGAGGCCGGCCAUGCAGCAGUCGCCGACGAGUCCCAGCUACUCCCCAACAUCUCCGUCCUUCUCUCCCAGGACCCCGGGUCCCUCGGGCUCCGCUAAUCAAUAGUGAGUCCUAUCCGAAGCCUUUGUCGUCCGCUAUGCUACUCAUCUCGGCUCCUGGUUGUCGAUGCUAACUGCCGAUUCUUUUUACCCUUUCAGUUCUCCUAAUUCUCCUACCAACGACUGAGAUGAAUGAUGGAGCUUUUAUGCCCCGCCAUGACUCUUAAUCAUACCCCUUGCAUUGG